AUGUUAAGUCAUUCUCUCUCUCCUGUAGAAUAUGCCCAGGUGAUUAAGAUGUUGGGUAAUGGGAGGUUGGAAGCCAUGUGUUUUGAUGGAGUUAAGCGGCUCUGCCACAUCCGAGGAAAACUCAGGAAAAAGGUAGGAACGCACACGCCCGUCAUAUUGACACACAAAGGAAACCCGGAAUGAUGCGGACUCAACACUUUUUUCCUCUAUGGACUGUCAACCGCGACACAGCAUGGGCUGCAGCUGUGUGUAAACCAAUUAUUUAGAUUGUUAUCCAUUCAUUUGUUUAAUUCCUUGUAAAAGCAUUCUUAUGAUGUUGUUUUUCUUCCAGGUGUGGAUUAACACGUCAGAUAUCAUCCUGGUGGGACUGAGAGAUUACCAGGUGAGAUUACCCGCAAGUUUACGACUGCUGUUGUUGUUGUGGGUGACUGUGCAUUUGGUUGUCACUUAGGGCUGGGCGAUAUAUGUCAUUAAUUUGAUUAAUUGAAAUGUAUGUUUUAGCACAAAAUUCCAAAUGCCUGUAUCGCGAGAAUCAAGUUUUUGUUUUUAUGAGCGUUUAUGUCCUCUUGUUCUCAUGUUGUCUUUUUGGUCUCGUCUCCUUUGCUCCUUCUGCACCUUUGUGUACAUUCCCACUCAUACACCAAGUCCCACUCAUACACCAAGUCCCACUCAUACACCAAGUCCCACUCAUACACCAAGUCCCUGCCACCCACAACAACAACAGAUGAGAAAUCACUUCUUCCUCUAUGACAAAAAGCUGUUUCAACUCGCUAUUUGCAUUUGAAGUUUGGUCCAACAGAAUCAGUCAUAUGGACACUGAAACACACUGAGACAUUAUUUUACUGCAAUAGAAUAACUUAACCUUUCUAAUGAUACCCUUUUAUAACUCAACUCCCGAAAGGUACAGAGAGUAGACCCUACUAAAAUGUGAGUAGCCUAUCAAUGAACAUUGUUUCUGGAAAAUAAAUGCUCCGUUUCUGUGCCACGUGCCGCUAGCAGAAUGUUAGCCACCGACUGUGCUAGCUGUCUAGUUGUUUUAUAAAUUUACAUUUACAUUUUACAUUUUAGUCAUUUAGCAGACGCACUUAUCCAGAGCGACUUACAGUUAGUGAAUACAUUUUUUUUAUUUUUAUACUGGUCCCCCGUGGGAAUCGAACCCACAACCCUGGCGUUGCAAACGCCAUGCUCUAUCAACUGAGCUACAUCCCUGCCGGCCAUUCCCUCCCCUACCCUGGACGACGCUGGGCCAAUUGUGCGCCGCCCAUGAGUCUCCCGGUCGCGGCCGGCUGCGACAGAGCCUGGAUUCGAACCAGGAUCUAGUGGCACAGUUAGCACUGCGAUGCAGUGCCUUAGACCACUGCGCCACUCAGGAGGCUAAAUGUUAAAUGAGAAUAAAAAUGCGCAUUUCUAUAAGGAAUUGGCAACUCAUUCUGAGAAAUAAGCAUCUUAUCCAGGUAGGCCACUUGAUUUCAACAUCUAAACAAAGUGGACAGGCAAGCAUGCUAUUCAAACAGUUGGAGAUGGACAGGAGGGUCUGUUCAUAAGAGUUCAACUGUUCUACCUUGUUAGCUAGCAAAUAGAUCAAAGUUGGCUAGACUUGAAAUAUGAAGAUUAUCUGACUACUAAUUAGCAUGUGGGCUUGUGCUUGAGAGAUUGUUUAUUAGACCUGUGUUACACAGGAGGUUGGUGGCACUUUAAUUGGGGAGAACGGGCUCAUGGUAAUGGCUGGAGCGGAAUAAAUGUAAUGCAUCAAAUUCAUGGUUUCCAGGUGUUUGAUGCCAUUCAAUUGGCUCUGUUCCAACCAUUAUUAUGAGCCGUCCUCCUCUCAGCAGACUCCUGUGAUGUGUUAAUUUUCUAUAACGCCUGCUACAAGAAGUCGGUCGUUUAUUAGUGGGGAUGUGCAUGGUUCUGGUUCAAUUUGUAACAAAGGGGCAUUUUCAUAGACUGAGUUGAAAGCCAGUUCAGUGAUUAUUGCAAAAAAAGCUGGUUAAACUAUUUGGAUAAAAUAAUUACGUUAUUAGUUGGUCUUAUGGUUGUGGAAGGCUUAUAUUCAGCCUAGGUAUACUUACACACUCUCUGAAUUCAUUAGAUUAUUGCUGACUGUUUGAAAUGCAGUUUGUUGACCUUUUAAUUGUACAACAACGCUUAUUCAGAGAGAACAUGUAAAAAAUCGAGCUAUAAAUCGGGAAUCGCCCAUAAGUUAGAAGAAAAUCAAGAUGGUUUUUGGCCAUAUCACCCAGCCCUAUUGUAUCAUAAAAACAGGUUGGAGUUUAGGUUUCUCUCUACCCCUAUAGGACAACAAAGCUGAUGUGAUCCUGAAGUACAAUGCAGACGAGGCCAGGAGUCUGAAGGCCUACGGAGAACUGCCGGAGCACGGUGAGUACCAGGAAGAGGAGCUGUCCCUACGGUAACAGCUAAUGGGAUUGGAAUAGUGGUCAUGUAGGAGAGGAGACGAGGAAAGAAAGCUAGUUGAAAUGAUUGAGACACAGCCCAUGAUGACUACCGCUGGACCAAAUUCCAUGUUGACCCAUUGAUUGGUUUUGUAGGUAUUCAAUUCAUGGGUUGUUUUGUUUGCACAUCCCUGUUCUCUCUCUGACUCCUCCUCUUCCUGUCUCCUCCCCACUCAGCCAAGAUCAACGAGACAGAUACCUUCGGUCCUGGGGACGAUGAAGACAUCCAGUUUGACGACAUCGGAGAUGAUGACGAGGACAUUGAUGAUGUAAGUGAUCAAUCAGUAUCUUUAUUGUCCCAAUAUCUUUAUUGCUUUCUGUAGGUUGGAACGGUUGCAAUGAAAGGAAUGACCAUCUGGUGACCUUCCAUCCGUAUCUCUCUCCCCUCCCUGCCCCCUCUCUCCCCAACUCCUCUCCUUUUGUCCUCUCUCCAACUCCCCCUUCCCACCUCCUCUGUCCUCUCUCCCAUCUCCUCUCCCCAACACUCUCCCCACCUCCUUUCUCCUCUCUCUCCCCUCCUCAUCUCCCCUCUUCAUCUCUACCCUCCCCACCUCGUCUCCCAUCUCCUCUCUCCCCACCUCGUCUCCCAUCUCCUCUCUUCCCCUGCCUCCUUUCACCUGUCAUCAUCCUCCAGAUCUAAGGACCUUCUAGGGGAAGGUGUGAUUUUUUUCCCCUCCGCUCCGAAAAUCAGCACAGGACUUCCAUACUUCUCUACCGGAAUCACUGUACCCUCUGCCCACAUUUGUGGCUGUGUUAACUAGUGACGACCCCGCCCACACAACACAUUUCAAGGAGGUUCAGCCCUCCCACUAACUCAUUGAUAACAUGACUGCAGCUACUCGCAAUCUCUUGCGUUAUCUUUUUAAUGUAUUUAUAUCGAUUUCAUGCUGAGUGGAAUUUAGUUACAAAAUACAGUACAGAAUCUCUGGAUUCGCAAUAAAAAGAUCAACCAUUUUAUGUUUUGUCCUGCGUUCUGUAUCAUUGUAGUUUGUAGUUGGCAACGCUUUUAUAUUAGUUAGGAUUAAAUAUAUUUAUUGGUUACGAAAAACUGAUUUCUCCUGAAGAUGCCUCUGUAUCCUUUGGAAUGUUUCUUUGUUUAAUUCUAUAUCGUAUUCCGAUGACGCCA